AUGGUCCAAAGCCUACUCAAUGCUGGCCUGCUGUUUGCCAGCGGCGUGCUGGCUGCCAAUGGUGUUGGCGGCGUCAAGAAUGGCCUAGCGAGGACACCGCAGAUGGGAUGGGACAACUGGAAUGCGUUCGGCUGUGAUGUCUCGGAAGAGCUCUUGAUCAGCACGGCAAACCGCAUGGUUGACUACGGUCUCCGUGAUGCCGGUUAUCAAUACGUCGUCCUCGACGACUGCUGGUCUGCCGGCCGUUCAGAAAACGGUACCCUGGUUGCUAACAGCACGCGCUUUCCUAACGGCAUGGCGCACGUCGCCGACAGCAUCCACAAUUUGGGAAUGAAAUUCGGCAUGUACGCCACCGCUGGUAGCUUGACCUGUGGCAGGUACGAGGGUUCGCUGGGCUACGAAGAAGUUGAUGCCCAGACAUUCGCGGGCUGGGGGGUCGACUAUCUUAAGUACGACAACUGUUACAACGAGGGACAAGAGGGCACUCCAUUGAUCACAUAUAACCGCUAUAAGAGGAUGUCAGACGCCUUGAAUGCCACCGGACGGCCAAUCUUGUACUCAAUGUGCAACUGGGGAACCGAUUAUCCUUGGAAGUGGGCGCAAACUGUUGCAAACUCCUGGCGGAUGUCCGGUGAUAUUACGGACAAUUUCAACCGCGUAGAUCCGCGGUGUCCAUGUUCUGGCGAUGAGGGCUACGACUGCGCGCUACCUGGCUUCCACUGUUCUGCUAUGAACAUCCUCAACAAGAUGGCGCCAUAUCCCGACAAAGGCCAGCCGGGCGCCUGGAACGACCUCGACAUGCUCGAGGUGGGUAACGGUGGCAUGACCGACACGGAGUACGUAACCCACUUCACCAUGUGGGCAGCCGUCAAGUCCGCCAUGAUCAUGGGCAACGACAUCCGCGCCAUGGACGCCAAGACACUGUCCAUCCUGGCCAACCCGGCCGUGCUGGCUAUCAGCCAAGAUAAGACAGGCAGCUCGGCCGUGCGCCGGUGGCGGUACUACCUCCCCAACAACGACAACUCUAGCAACGCGACGGCCGCCCAGGGUAGCGGCACCAUCGCCGAGAUCCAGAUGUGGUCCGGCUCGCUUGAGGGCGGUGAUGCCUUCGUCGGUCUCCUUAACCUCGGUGACGAGGCCAUCAUGAUAAAUGCUUCGCUCGCGGACAUCUUCGUCGAUGCCGGCGGCUCGCACAGCGAGGAGGCGCAGUCGUCAUGGGACGUCUAUGAUCUCUGGGCGAAUAGGAUGCCGGACAGUGCUGCGAACAUAAUCAUCGAGGCCAACUCGACGAGCGCGGCGAACUUGACGGGCGUGUAUUGGAAUAACACGGAGAAGAGCUAUGCCGAUGGUGUUGCGGAGGAGGCGCCGGUGCUGCUGGGGAAGCAUGUCGGGACCGUGGAGGCGGGCGGAUCAAUCAGUAGCAUGGUGGAGUCGCAUGGCGUUUAUGCUGUGAGAUUGAGGAUGAGAGCGGGGCCGUCGAAGAGGAAGAGGGAUGAAUUGUGA